AUAUGUUACUUUAAGGAAGACCCCACCCAUCGAUAAGAAAUUGGGGGAUUUAUCCAUAGGACAGCCACAAGAGAAGGGGAGAUGGAAGAUCAGGCGAAAGUGCAGAUAGUCACUAUAAUGGGCAAGUCGGAAAGCCAGAUGGACAUCGUGGAGAAGUCGACAAAAUCAGUCAAGAAAAGUUGGACUUUCAUUGAAAUUGCAUUAACUGUGCUGCUCCUUCUCAUGACAUGCGCAGUGGUGGCGCUGGUUGUGUUGUAUACAACGCAAAGAGACAAACAGUUCUCCAGCAGCUUGGACAAUGUAUGCAUGACCACAGGCUGUGUGGCUGCGGCUGCACGGAUAAUCCAGAAUAUGGAUCCAUCUGUCUCACCAUGUGAAGAUUUUUACAGAUACGCCUGUGGGGGUUGGCUGAACAGGCACAUCAUACCAGAGACCAGCUCUAGAUACAGUAUAUUUGAUAUUCUAAAAGAUGAAAUGGAAAUCAUUCUAAAAGGUGUUUUAGAAAGAUCAGACGAUGGAGACCGUGAUGCUUUUAAGAAGGCUAAACAACUGUACAAAUCCUGCAUAAAUGACAGUUUAAUAGAGGAAAGGGAUGCUGAGCCACUCUUAAAUCUAUUGGAUGAAAUAGGAGGAUGGCCAGUCACCACAACCGACUGGGAUAUCACUAAAGAGCCUGACUGGAGUUUGGAGACCAUCCUACCACGGCUCAAUGCCAAUUACAAUAAGAGAGUUGUUUUGGACACGUUUGUUUGGAUUGAUGAAAGGGACUCGAGUAGACAUAUCAUUUGUGUUGAUCAAACUAACCUUGGGAUGCCUUCCAGAGAUUAUUACUUCAGAGAUGGAAACUACAAGAGGGUGCGUGAAGCUUAUUUGCAGUUUAUGAUUUUAAUUGCUAAGAUGAUCAGAGAAGAUAGAAAUAUGACAAAAAAUGACACUUUUGUUGAAGAAGAGAUGACAAAAGUCCUGGAGCUUGAAACUGAAAUGGCAAAUGCUACUGCACCGCCAGAGGAAAGGCACGAUAUUACACAACUCUACAACAAAAUGACACUUCCUCAGCUUCAAGCAACGUUUGAUCUCAAUGGAUUUAAUUGGACAGAGUUUCUUCAAGAGAUCAUGUCUAGUGUUAACAUUGACAUCUAUCCAGAAGAAGAAAUUGUGGUCUAUGGCACUGGAUAUCUUCAGAAACUGAAGUAUAUCCUCCCCAAAUACUCCAAGAGCACUCUUCAGAACUACCUGGCUUGGCGGCUGGUUAUUGAUCGUGUUAGAAACUUAAACAGACGUUUUAAAGAUGCCCGGGCCAACUACCGAAAGGCACUGUAUGGUACCACUGUGGAAGAAGCUCGUUGGCGAGAAUGUGCCAGCUACAUCAACAGCAAUAUGGAAAAUGCAGUGGGAGCACUUUAUGUAAGAGAGGCAUUUGCUGGCGAGAGCAAGAGAAUGGUAAAGGAUUUAAUUGAUAAAAUUCGAGAAGUGUUUAUCGAAACAUUGGAUGAGCUGGAGUGGAUGGAUGCAGCUUCCAAGCAGAAAGCACAGGGAAAGGCCCUGGCAAUAAAAGAGCAAAUUGGAUAUCCAGACUACAUUCUGGAAGAGGACAAUCCCAGGCUGGAUCAGGAAUAUGAACACCUAAACUUCAAUGAAAACAAAUACUUUGAAAAUGUCCUUGAAAAUCUGAAGGCAGCAGCGCAAAAAAGUCUUGGGAAACUACGGGAGCAAGUGGAUCAGGAUGUAUGGGUUAUUGGAGCUGCAGUUAUAAAUGCUUUUUAUUCACCUAAUCAAAACCAAAUAGUAUUUCCAGCCGGGAUUCUACAGCCCCCGUUCUUCAGUAAACACCAGCUUCAAGCACUAAACUUUGGAGGAAUUGGCAUGGUGAUCGGCCAUGAAAUAACACAUGGAUUUGAUGACAAUGGAAGAAAUUACGAUAAAGAUGGCAACUUGUAUGACUGGUGGAGCAAUUUCUCAGCCACGCAUUUCAAUGACCAAUCCCGUUGCAUGGCACAUCAGUAUGGAAACUACACAUGGGAUUUAGCUGGUGGACAGAACGUGAGCGGGAUCAGUACUUUGGGUGAAAAUAUCGCAGACAAUGGAGGUGUCAGACAGGCAUACAAGGCCUAUUUAAAAUGGGUGAAGAAAGAAGGUGAAGAAGUGAAACUGCCCGGCUUGGAUCUGACACACAAACAACUUUUCUUCCUUAACUUUGCACAGGUAUGGUGUGGGUCAUAUCGGCCUGAGUAUGCCAGUCAAUCAAUUAAAACCGAUGUUCACAGCCCACUGAAGUUCAGAGUCAUCGGUUCCCUCCAGAACUUUGAAGCCUUUGCUGAGGCCUUCCAGUGUAAAAGAGGCAAUGCAAUGCACCCAGCCAAGAAAUGUCGAGUGUGGUAACCAAAGACCAACAGCACUGUUAAUUCACACAUCAAAACCUUCUACGUCGUUGGAUUACAUGAAUGCUGGCAGAAGCCAAUAGAUGUGCCUAAUAAUCCUUCAAUCAAUCACAGUCCAAGGUUAUUGCUCUCGUUCUCUGCUGCUCCAUGUGUUGGCAAACAGAGGGGAUAAUUAGCGGGGAAUUGGUUUUUAGGCUGUUUAAGCAAGUCCUUUAAACACUGACUGUUUUAUACCUUAACAUGACUGUUAACUAAUAUUUGCAUUCAGUAAUAACAUCAAGGUGCUUUAGCCUGCUAAAUGUUCCUUGUUCGAGAAGAGACAGCUAUGUUCAUGAGUUGUAGUUCCAGGAGUUUACACAAAUUGCAAACUCUAAUAAUUUGGUUUAAGAACAGAGCCACCAUUUUGCAGAAGGUACGGGAAGAUUAGCUGGGGCUAUUGUUACACACUAACUCAGUCUGUCUCAAGAGCAAGACUUAAUGAAUGUCCAAUUUCUGCAUGCCAAGGCUAUGACUUGUUAAAAUGAUGUGUCCCAGUUGCUUAUAACUGUUUCAACUACUUUAUUUCCCAAAGUACUCAUAGCUCAAGGCAUACUAUGUGUCAUUUUGGUGUUAAUAUUUCAUAAGAAAAUUUCUCCAGUGCUGCUCUAUAAUAUAAAUUUCAAUAAGUGGUAUUUGAAAACCUUUUUAUAGCCUUCAGUUCAAUGUGCUUUAGUCAAAGUAUGAAGUCCUUCACUAGCUGCACCUUAUUUGUAAUAUAUUUAAACAUAUAUAUCUAUGAUUUAUACUGUAUUGUUUAUAUCCAGAAAAUUGUUUGGCAAAUUGUCUUUUAUUGCUGUACUUAAUCUUGAUGCAUUGUGUCAAUUUUAAUAUGUUCCUGUUCUGUCAAUAUUUUCAGAUAAAUAC